AUGGAGCUUAUUACCGAGUUCACUGCGAAACUCGGACAAUAUAGUGUCACAGAUGUAACUCUAUUAUUUAUAAGACCGGGAAGUGUGGAAGUUACCACUGUUUUGACUGUAAACGACAGAAAUAACAUCACAAAUGUCGAAAGAGCAUUGCACAACUUUAACCAAACUGGCAGAAUCGGAAGCAUAAAGUUGAUUGGAAUUUUCUGGAGGGCUGAAGAUGAAACCUGUCAGCUUCCUGAUGUUAGUAUACUGAAUCUUCCAAGAUGGAAAGAGAACGAGAUGGUUCAAAUUCUUCGCUCCAAAGAUUUCAUCGUGCAAACAUUUGUGAAUAAAACAAACUGUAAUCCACCACAAAAGCUGCUGUUUGAGUGGCGUUUAUCCAAGUAUAGUGUGGACCAAUCAAAUGACACUAUCAUCGAAACGACAACCACGUUGAACUCAAAAACUACAGAAUGGAACUUGCAAAAGCGACAGCUUGGUUAUGGCCUUUAUUUUGUGGGUUUUAAAGCAGCCCUUGAAAGUAACCCACCGGCAGUAAGCAGUACUUUAGGAUUUUUUAGCAUCACGAAAUCUCCAAUAAUAGCCGAUAUAUUAGGAGGAAACAAAGUCACUCGGGGAAAGGGAAGUGUCAUCACUUUGGAUGCUUCAGCAACUAGGGACCCAGACGUGGAGCCUGGUAACUACUCCUCCAUGCAGUUCACGUGGCUAUGUAAAAGACGAGAAGAAACUUUUCCCACCGGCCCUCUGGCUUUGGUUCCAGUGAUUACAGCUUCCUCGGGCCCAGGAGGAGGCGGUUGUUUUGGGACGGGUGUUGGGAAACUAAUUUCUAAUUUAACGGUGGUGACAUUAGAAACAUUUCAAAUGACUGUAGAUAUGUCCUAUGACGUCAAACUUGUGGUAACGAAGGAUGACCGAGAGGACGACUUUGUGCAAGAAAUCAAGAUUGUCAGCGGUAGCCCGCCGAACGUUAUAAUUAGGUGCCUCAUCAACUGUGAUAAGAUUGCAAGUGAGUCGACGCGAAUCAGUUUGACCACCGAGUGCAGUGGGGAUCCUUGUAAGAGUGCAAAAUACCACUGGCAAUUAAACGUUGUUAAUUCCAGUGGCGUUGAGGUCAAUGACAAGCAACUGACUGACAAAGCAGAAACUAAUCUAAAUUCCACUGGCAUCGUCAUAAAGAAGAACCAACUAGGAGAGCUACCGCCAGGCCACUUUUAUCAAUUGAAAGUCGAAGUUUCACAACAGGGUGAACCCCCAGGAUAUGCCACUUACCAGUUCAGAAUUAACGCCCCACCUCAACAUGGAUCUUGCAGCGUGACACCAACAAAAGGAGAGGCUUUGAAAACGCAGUUUAUCUUUGAAUGCAGAAAUUGGCAGGACCGAGAUAAACCAAUUACGUACCAAUACCAUUACAAAACCGAGAAUGGCCUGUACACAGUAAUUUCAUACGGCUCAGAAAGUCUUGUCAGGACAGUGCUACCUCCGGGGAAGAAACAAGAUAAUUAUACGAUAUAUUUUGAAGUAAUGGUGUCUGACAGUUUUUCUGCUGCAAAUACCACCCUUCUUGAAAUAGAGGUUAAACCUGCGCCCGCUGGUGAGAGUCUCAGCGAACUAACCGUCGGCAACAACAGUGAGUUCAAGAAACUAGUCCAAUUAGGAGAUGUCCGUGGCGCCACACAACUAGCAAAUGCCGUGCUAGAGAGCGCUGAACAGAGAAAGUCAACUACUGCCCAGGAAAAGAUUGCUAUUAAAGAUUCUGUUGUGAAGACUGUGUCAGAGAUACAAGUUGGCAAUUUACAGUCUUUGACUCAGGUGACGUCAGUUAUUGCACGAGCAACACUGGAACCCAGCGAGGUGACAUUCGACACUCAGAAACUUGCACUGAAAACACUCACCUCUAUGACGUCACUACUUUCGAGUAAGACGACAGAGGAUUAUGCUUCAGAAUAUGUCUUAGUUAAGGAAGGAGGAGAGAACCUGGUACUGAGCCUCGGAAAUCUUCUCCAUUCCACUGCCCAGAAAGCUAAUGUUGUCAGUCAAACAAAGGAGCCAGCGGACGUACGAUCUAAGAGUGAAAACAUCUCCAGAGAUACGGAGAAACUCAUUGAUGACGUUGCAACAGCUCUGUUGUCAAAGAUGACGGUGGAUCAAGAACCUCGCCGUAUUGAUACUAAGUCCAUCAACAUGGAACUAAGCCGAAUGAGCUCCAGAUCAAGGGGAACCAGUGCAGACUUCACAGACGAUGAUAAGGCAGGAUUUAAAUUUCCUCUUGCUGCCAUAAUUGAUGACAUAGCGACAACUCCUAAAUAUAUAGAUAGCGUGUUGACGAUGAGUGCUUUUAAUCCUUUCACUUGGGAUAACAGUUCAGCUGUUGUCAGGGAUUCUCAUGUCCUUAGUUUGAACCUUAAAGAUGACGAAGGAGAACCUUUAACAGUCAAAGACAGCAGAGAGGAUAUAGAGAUCAAGAUUCCACGGAAAGUGAGAUUUACUCCGGAGAAAAGAGUUUCGUUCUUUGUGAAGCCCAGCAGUGAGGGGAAAAUGCAAUACCAUGAAAUAAACUCACCAGGUGUAGGGGGGAAUGCUCUACGGCUUCGAAUCACACCAGAAAGACCCACCAUCUUUAGGGUGUUUGUGCGACAAGGUCGGCGGCCAACUGUCACAGAAUACGACCUAACCAAGAGAAUCCCCGAUGAGUCGUGUUCCAUAUCUCCUCAGGCUUCUCAGCGUGGUUGCAGCGAGGACGCUUACGAUGUUGUCUUGUACCAUGAAUUAAUCGGUGAGGCGGGUAAAUACUACAUCGGUAUAUUAUACGAAGGAGGCAGCGUUAGACCUCAGGGACGAAAGAAACGAUCAUGCUUCGGAAGUGGUCGGCAGAAGAGGUCGUGUGUGGAAGUUAAGGAUCCUCCAAGACCCGAGAACAAGACAAUAAAGCCUGUUUACAACUCAAGAACAGACAUGAAUUACUCGAUGAACAUUUUGGAGGAGAGUUGCGUCUUUUGGGACAGCAGAGAAGAACACUGGUUGUCGACAGGAUGUAGAGUAGGACCAAAAUCUGAUUUAGGAUCCUUACACUGCCUGUGUAACCACUUAACGUCAUUUGGAGGAGGUGUCCUGGUGAUGCCUAACACGUUGGAUUUUGAUGUCGUGUUUACAGAACUCGGACGACUCGACCAAACUGGAAACAUUGCUGUCCUUUGUGCGAUAAUCAUUGUGCUCUUGUUGUAUUUGCUUGUGGUCAUAUUCGCAAGGAAAGCCGAUAAACGAGAUCAAGCUAAGGGAGGCCCGGCGUUCCAUUUAACUUUGACCCAGGAGGCCUCUUACGGUUACGAUUUGACCGUGGUAACGGGAGUCUGGAGAGAGUCUGGGACGGAUGCUAAUGUCGCCAUUGUCAUUCAUGGAAGCGAGGCGGAGAGUCAACCCAUAAUAUUACAAAAGGACAUGAUCAACUCCAGGAAAAUUUUGGCCCGCGGAAACGACGAUAGAUUUGUUAUUCAUUUACCAAUGUCACUAGGCAUUGUGCAAUACAUCCGUGUUUGGCAUGACAACUCAGGAAAGAGUCCUUCUUGGUAUUUCAGCCAUGCUGUUGUGAAGGACCGCCAAACAGGGAAGAAAUGGACAUUUAUAAGCAACAGUUGGCUGGCUUUAGAAAAAGGAGACGGUAAAAUUGACAGGAUUUUAACACCUCUCUCUCGUCGAGAGAUGAAAACUUUUAAACACUUUCUUAACUCACGAGGCUCAGAGAGUUUUUCUGAGGGACAUUUGUGGCUCUCUGUUGUAACCAAGCCACCGGGGAACAAAUUCACACGCGUGCAACGAGCUACAUGUUGUUUGUGUCUACUUCUGUCUGCCAUGCUUGCAAAUGCUCUUUUCUACAGGACUGAAAAGACAGAAGAUCCUACCAUACAGAUUGGUCCAUUGAAGUUCAGCUGGAGGCAGAUUGUGGUGGGCAUUGAGAGUGCUCUGAUAGUUACUCCUGUGAACUUGCUCAUCACGUCAUUAUUCAAAAAUAGUGCGAAAAAACCUUCUAAUACAGUUGUGACCAAGCGGGAAGAUACGCCUGAGCCUGUGCGACGCAACAGUUAUUCUUCCUUAGGCUGCGAAGAGGACACAAGCGGCGUAAAAGCUGCAUCGAAAAGUAAUACUUCCUUCUGGACAAGAACACGAGAACGAACGUGGGGCAAAACCAAAAAGGACUUCAUUUGUCCUCAUUUCUGUAUCUACAUUGCUUGGUUUCUAAGCCUUGCUACUGUGUCUGUAUCUGCGUGCUUUACUUUUUUCUUCAGCUUAAUGUGGGGAAAAGACAUUGCAAACCAGUGGUUGUCCUCUAUGUUAGUUUCUUUCACUGAGGAUCUGUUCGUUCUUCAGCCAAUCAAAAUAGUUCUUCUCAUGGUUCUAGCUGCAUGUUUCCUUAGCAACCGUAAUGACGCUGACUUUCGUCAUGUUAAAAACCACGAGACAACUGCACAAUUAUCUUCUUUGGAAACAGAAGUUGCAUGUGACACUCAAGGUAGAACAGCUGAAAUCCCGGAGGAAGCUGCGCUUGAACAAGCCAGAGAAUACAGAGUAAAGGAGGCAAAGAUGUAUUCCUUUGGUAGAGAACUUGUGGUGUAUCUACUGUUCUUACUGCUACUAACAAUCGUUUGUUACGGUAACAGAAGUUACCAUGGAUAUCUCAUGACUAAGAAUCUAAAAGACACCUUCAGCAGUUAUUCAUUGGCCAAAGACCCCAGGAUCUUUUGGACUUGGCUGAAUGGUCAGUUUGUGAAUGGCAUUUAUGCUGGUAAGUGGUACAAUGAUGAGAGAGUCAAAGAGCAAGAGUACAUUGGUGACAAGAUGUCCAUUCUCCUGGGAGUGCCCCGUUUAAGGCAGCUGAGAGUACAGAAAGAUUCUUGUUUGAUUCCGGAUGAGUUACAAGAGGUAGUAAAGCACUGCAAUGACUUCUACAACAUCAACGAAGAGGACAGAACUCAUUUUCAUCUACCUGGAUGGAUGCCAUUUACAGGCUCGGUUUCGUGGGCUAACUUUUCAGAUCUUUGCCCGGCCCCAUGGCGUUACGUAAAAAAAGAAAAGAUCCAGAACUCGCCAAGCUGGGGUUUCUUUCACGUUUAUGAUGGAGGUGGAUACAUAGCAGAUUUAGGUUAUAGUAAACUCACUGCUGACAGAAUUAUUACUAACUUGAGACAAUACGAUUGGGUCGACCGCCAGACCCGCGCAGUGUUACUUGAAUUCUCCAUUUACAAUCCAAACACAGGAUACAUCAGCAUAUCGACAUAUCAUUACGAAGUACUCCCCACUGGGUACGGUAAUCCUUUCGCAAAGAUCGACACGCUUCUAGUGACGAGCACGGAAACUGGUUUCCACCGGUUCUACCUGAUUUGUCAGUUACUGUUCAUCCUCAUGGUAAUCUUCUUUGUGCUAAAAGAGGUUUAUAAUAUCUUUAAGCAGAAAUGUUCUUAUUUCCGAAAUGCAUGGAAUUGGGUGCAGAUUUUGCAAAUCAUUUUUUCUUUUCUGGUGGUAGUUUUCUAUGUUUUAAAAUCACAAAUGGUUCUGAAAAGUGUCGUAAAAGUAAAGAAAAACCCUUUUGCUUCUGUAAGUUUCGGGGAGGCCGUUGACUGGAACCACGCAGAGAAUUCCGUUUUAGCUCUGACGGUUUUCACAACAACUGUGAAACUUCUGCGCAUGAUCCGGUUUAAUCCACACGUCAGCAUAAUGAUGUCAUCACUUCGUUUAUCAAGAGGAUUACUCAUGUCAUACUCUGUGAUAUUUGCCAUUAUUAUCUUCUCAUAUGCUCAGUUUGGUAGACUAGCUUUUGGUGAGUACAUGCUGCGUUAUUCAUCGUUUCAAAGAACGGUGUUUUCCGAAUUUGUCAUGUGCCUCGGCGGAAAAAUGGACUUGGAAGAACUGCGACGAGCGAAUCGAGUUCUAGGUCCCCUGUUUGGAUUUUCUUUCCUUACUCUUAUGUCGUUCAUUUUCGUCAACUUUUUUGUUGCCAUUCUAAAUGAUUCUUAUGAGGACAUCAGAGAAAAUACGGACAAACAGUCGAAAGACUUUGAAAUGCACGACUUUAUAUUGGAAAGACUACGUGAACUUUUAGGGUUUAAUAAAGAAACUGAACGAGAAAAUGACAAUGAACAUCCAGUACCUCAGGAAAAUGUCCCACAUGGAAAACUAACAUUUACAUCUGUAGUCGUCUACUCUCAAAGACUUCGUCAUAUGGCGAGACGCAAACAACUGCGAAUUUCCAAAUUAAAAGAGGAGAACGAUGCUGAAAGAAGAGCGAACGUGGUUCGAUUUGAGUGCGAGAGACCGGCAACAAUGGCUGAUGUAGAGACACGAAAAAGAACAAUUCAAAAACUAAAAUGUGUCACAUCAAGCUUGUUUAUCAUGAAGUCCUUAGCGCAAGAGAGGAUGUUGGGGAGAAUGUCUGAUUUAAUCGAGAAACUUGCAAUGGACGAAGUGCAACGAGAUGAAGAGCUUCUUUUUAUAAUCCGGUUUUUACUUCUAAUGAAUAUGAACUACGACGACUGUUCUAGUAUACGUGGUCCAGAUGACACUUCUUCACUCGAUGACAUUGCCAUUUCUUCAUUGACAACACCGUUAUCUUCGCCAAUAUCCGGGAUCGACAAGACAAGAGGUGAACCGGUAGAUACCUCUAACGAUGAAACGUUAGACCUUCUUCGAAGAAGAGAAUUUUCGCGUCCGUUGCCGUAUCACUUGAGGGGUAUGGAGCUUCGUGAACAACUCCGAUCAACUUUGGCAACUAAAAGAAGUAAAAGGGUCAGGCCGAGGCCGUCGAACUCUUUGAUCUAUAAAUACUACUCGUUCCUUUGAAUGCGGGUUUUCAGAAGACAACGACACUUUCCGAAAAUCCAAAAUUAUCUCUGUUAAGGGCCGGUAUCAAACAGAAUGAGCUCAUGUUCCUUAAAGGUUCAC